CCCGCCCCGCCGACGCUCUCCGACCCACCAAGAUGGCGGCCCAGACCCACAGCGGCAUCCGCCUCAGCGCCCUUUGCCCAAAAUUCUUGCACACAAAUUCUACCAGUCACACUUGGCCAUUCAGUGCAGUUGCUGAAUUGAUAGAUAAUGCUUAUGAUCCCGACGUGAAUGCCAAACAAAUCUGGAUCGACAAAACUGUGAUAAAUGACAACAUCUGCUUGACGUUCACUGAUAACGGAAAUGGUAUGACUUCAGAGAAGUUACAUAAAAUGCUCAGCUUUGGCUUCAGCGACAAAGUCACAGUGAACGGCCGGGUGCCCGUCGGACUUUACGGCAACGGCUUCAAAUCCGGCUCUAUGCGCCUGGGGAGAGACGCGAUCGUUUUCACCAAAAACGGCGAGAGCCUGAGCGUGGGCCUGCUGUCCCAGACCUACCUGGCGACCAUCAAAGCCGAACACGUCGUCGUCCCCAUCGUGGUAUUCAACAGGCAGCGGCAGAUUGGCAGUACGGCGGAAUCCAAAGCCAACCUCAGGGCAAUCCUGGCUCACUCUUUGUUUUCAACAGAACAGAAGUUACUAGCAGAACUUGAUGCCAUCAUGGGUAAAAAAGGGACAAGGAUCAUCAUUUGGAAUCUCCGAAGAGACAAAAACGAAGCCACGGAGUUUGAUUUUGAUAAAGAUAAAUAUGACAUCAGAAUCCCUGAAGAGAUAGAUGAGACGACUGGUAAAAAAGGAUAUAAAAAGCAGGAAAGGAUGGACCAGAUUGUACCUGAAAGUGACUAUUCGCUCAGAGCUUAUUGCAGUAUUUUGUAUCUAAAACCAAGAAUGCAGAUCAUUUUAAGAGGACAAAAAGUGAAGACACAGCUGGUCUCCAAGAGCCUUGCUUACAUUGAGCAGGAUAUUUAUAGACCCAAAUUUUUGGCCGGAAAAACGGUGCGAAUCACCUUUGGGUUUAACUGCAGAAAUAAAGAUCAUUAUGGGAUAAUGAUGUAUCAUAGCAACAGGCUCAUCAAAGCUUAUGAAAGAGUUGGAUGUCAGUUAAAGGCAAACAAUAUGGGUGUUGGUGUAGUUGGAAUUAUAGAAUGUAACUUCCUAAAGCCGACUCACAAUAAACAAGAUUUCGACUACACCAAUGAAUACAGGCUCACAAUAACAGCACUGGGUGAAAAACUCAGUGAUUACUGGAAUGAAAUGAAAGUGAAGAAAAAUGAAGAACACUCUCAGAGCUUACCAGUAGAAGACAUUCAGAAACGGCCCGAUCAGUUGUGGGUUCAGUGUGACUCCUGCCUCAAGUGGCGGAAGCUGCCAGAUGGGAUCGAUUGCCUUCCGGACAAAUGGUACUGCUCCUUGAACCCCGACCCCCAGUUCAGGAGUUGUAGCGUGCCAGAAGAACCUGAAGAUGAAGACCUGGUGCAUCCUACUUAUGAAAAAACGUACAAAAAAAAAGACAGAGAGAAAUUCAAGAUCAAGCGACUGGAAUUCAUCCCCCAGAUUAGUACUGAAGUAUUGUAUGGAGAGUCUUCUGUUUCCUCAAGUAAAGACUUCACCACCCCUGUGAAGGAGAAUAACUCAAGGUUACAGCUGGCAGAAAUGGGAAAAACUAUCAUCACUAGGUCUGUAAAUAGUGCAAAUAAUAGGCAAUCUUCACCUCCAUCUGAUGCCGACUGCAAUAGCAUUAAGCGGAGGCUGCCUGUAUCUACGCCGUCAAGUGCGAAGAUUCCCAGGUUAAACGGACAGGCCCCUGACAAAUCAUUUGAAGUAGAGGAUGAUGAUGAAGAUGUCAUCAUUUUAGAGGAAAGUAGUACUCCCAAGCCUACCAGCGACGGUGGCGUGACAAUAAUAAAAAUUGAACCAGGGCACCCAGAGCAAAGCAGCCCACGUAAAGAGAGUGCAACCAGCAAAAGCACGCGGGAAGAUACCGGUUCGGGACCCAGAUGUGAACAGGGAACGGCAGCGACCCAAACUGAAAUCCCAAACAUCAUUGUGAAAAAAGAAGAAGCCGUCGAAGAUGAGAUUGAUUCACGAAAUGGCGCGGUGAUGCAACAGCCCAGGAGAGAAGCUGAAACAAGCAAGGAAGCCAUUGCCAGGGAUUUUGGUGAUGCUGGAACCCAGGUAGUGGAACUAAGAAAUCAACUUCUCGUGGCGUGCCAAGAAAAAGAAAACUACCGGCAACAGUGUGAAAUGUUAACUGAACAAGUACAAGGCCUGGAGCAGAAAAUCCUCGAAAUGAAUGAUAAAUACGUGAAGAAAGAAAUAUGCCAUCAGUCAACGGAAAUAGAUAUUGAAUUACUAGGGGAAAUGCCUGCAGUUGUUCCUGGGAGCUCUGCAAGUCAGGGAGCAGACCAGCUGGCGGGUCUGUACGAACAGGCCCUGAAAGAGGUGGAGAAGCUGAAGGAGCAGUGUGACACUCUGCGGAAUUUGAAGGCCGAAUGCAGUAAAUGUUCAAACCCCGAGAAUAAAACCGAAGUGGACGUAAUGGCCUUUCAGCUUGAUGAUGUCUUCAGGCAGCUGGAUAAAUGCAGUAUUGAAAGAGACCAGUAUAAAAGUGAGGUGGAGCUGUUAGAAGUGGAAAAAACCCAAAUGGGGGUUCAAUGCGAAGAACUCAAAAGCGAAGUUGAGCAGUUAAAAGCUUCAGUUCCACAAGUGCCAAGCACGGAGAAUUCUACAACCGGUAAUGUCGAAGACUCUGUGAAGUUUUCUGAUGGGGAAAGCUUUAAACUGCGAUCACUCCGAGUGAAUGUCGGCCAGCUGCUGGCAACGAUGAUGCCCGAUCUAGAUCUGCAGCAAGUAAAUUAUGACGUUGAUGUCGUGGAUGAAAUUUUAGGACAAGUCGUUGAACAAAUGCAUGAAAUCAGUAGUACUUAAUCUAAUUUUUAUAAGGCAAUAAAGGCAUUUGCUCAAUCUUCCUCCAUAUUGUACAGUAUUGAAGCUCAAGGUAUUUCUUUUUAAAAGGUAUAAUAGGUGAUGUGCCUAAGGUACCGUAAUAUCCACGGCUGAAGUAUGUAUUCUAUGCACUCCAAGCUCUCAGUGACUCUACGACCACUUCAUCGAAAAGUGGCUUCCAGACCGCCAAGGCAGCUAAAGAGCAAGCUCCUGGAGAGCCCUGACGUCCCCCAGGUACUUGGCAGCAGGAUUCCACCCUAAUCCCCAGAAGAAACAACCAGCGGGCUUUUCUCCACGUUUCCGCCUCCCAGGAAUCCUUCUGGCCUUCGGGAAGUCCAAGACUGGCUCAACGCAAGUGACUUGGUGAUUGAGCAGUCCACCUGCAGCAAGACAAUCACCGCAUCGAUACCCCCGGGGCUCCACAGACGGCCAAGAGACCAGGAAGUUCUAGGCCUCGUUAGAGGUCAUAGGCUCCCUGACGGGACAUCGAGCAUCUCCGAAGGGCCUCGGCAAGGAGAGAAUCCUGAAGAAGUCUCAAGGGCAUCUCAGUAUUCUCCCCCAAACUCCUUCCGUUAUUGAAGAGGAGGCCCUCGAAGACAUAAAAUAUCUUCCAUUGUGGUUAGGUGUGGCACUUACCCCAAAGAUCGAGGAGGUCAUCGCAGCAGUCAGAGCCCGGAAACCUAGCAAGGCCACUGGCCCCGAUGACACACCCGCGUGGAUCUGGCCAUCACAGAGGGAGCGCCCCGCAGACACACGUCCACGAGGUCGGCGUUCUAGUCUUAGGACUGAGCCCCACCUUCCUCCCCCGUCCCCCCAGUUCCUGCCGGGAGGCUCCAUCAUCGACAGGUGGAACGGAAGAGACGCCUCAGGAUCCCUAAGACGCCACCGUCGUCACCGUCUUCGAGACGAGCCACCGAAUCCCGCAGUUGCUGAGGCAGGUCGUCUCAAUACAUUGCUGGCAAGGUCCUGGCCGGACUAUUUCUCGCUCACCCGCCCAAGAUGAUGGUUGACCCAGGGCUCCCAGGACCACAGUGUCCGGAUCCCAGGGUCGGGCAGCAGACGCGAUAUGUCAGAUCCAGGAAAAGCUGCAGAGAGAAGAGCCAAGACCUCUAGAGGUUUUUCAAAGACCUCACGAAAGGAUGUGAUACCAUUACUAGGUCUGGAAUUGGGCUGUCCCGAGAAGUCUGUCAGGCUCCUGAGAUGACUCCGCAGUGGCCUGGCUUCCCGAAUAAUCGGAGCCAUCGUGGUAAAGCAGGGAUGUGUGGUCAGUUCCUGUCCGCUUGAAUUUGUUCUCUGCAGCCAGGCUGGAGGAGGCAACGGGAGACCUGGGUGAGAUCUGGUUGCGGGGGUUCGACUCAGCUUCUCCACCCUCCGGAGACUCUUCCAACCCAACAGACUUGGAGCUCCGUCCAAAAUCCUCAUCGGUCAUUCAAGAAUCACCCAACACAGGUGACUGCACUUUAGAGGCAGACACCCAAGAAGAGACGUGAGUGACCGUAAGUUGCUUUGCCAAAUCAGCCAGGCGUUUGGGGCUAGCGGUAAGUCGAAAACCAAACCGAGGUAUCGGAGGGUGCCAGGGAGGCCGAGGAGGUCACCAGAAAUCUAGUUGGGCAAUGCCAGAACUAAAUGCCGUCACAGAAUUCUGUUGCCUAGGCAGGCCAUCCCGCAGUAGAUGGACGGAACAGAAAAUCAAGUCAGGCAGGAGAUUGUCAAACGGUGGCGACAGCCUAGCCCCAGGCCCAGCUAAAGAUCCCAGAGCUCUAGUGGUGUUCUGUGGGUCAUCGCCACGGAUAUCACACGGGAUUCCUCAAGGGGUGGUUGUAGUAGUAGUCAGUACCCACCGAGUGUGAUAUGUGGGGGGAAAACACAACAGAUGCACGAGACACUUUCCUCGCCCACAAAGGAGUUUGCACUCCGGGAGGGGCAACAGACAUAAAAAAAAAAAAAAAAUGGAAUCCGAAUAAAUGAGCAUUCAAUGAAAUGCACCACGCAUAUACGCAGGUACGGAGUAUGGGUACAGAUUUCUGAGGCAGCUGUUGGAUUGAUAAGAUUUAUAAUGUUAGCUAUUUAGUCGGGAAAGGCAAGCGAACGAGCGCCUUGAGGAACUCGCUAUCAGACAGGAAGAUGAAAAAUGGCUCCUGCGCUCAUCUCCAGCUCUGCUGGGUGGAACGCGAGAGAAGAAUGGGUAUCCAGCUGCAGUGUGGGGAACCGAAACUGAAAAGCAAGAGGCCGGAGGAAACCUUUUAAGGCCCCUGCGACCCGAAGGCCGAGGCAUCCCGGCCGAAAACCGGGAGUCAACUGCCACAGGCAGCAGGCCUGGCACACCGGCUGUCAAGAAAGGAGCAGCUCUUGGUGAGCAGAGCCUCCUCGGUUUCGCGAAACGAGGCGAAUCGAAAACACCACCGACUACCGUAGACGACAAACGCGACGGCACAGCCAGGGCGGUAUUGGUGUGUGCACAGCGUGGAGGGGGCUAGGAACCCCGAAUUGACUUUUCCGGUCACACAAACACCCACCCACCGGUGAAAUUUCCUACUGGUGGCGCCUUUGAGCCCGAAGGGCCGCCGUGUACAUCUAUGCACUCGAAAGUGGCCACCCGUGUAGUGGAUACUUUAUCGGAUCUUUUAAAAAAAAUACCUGUUAGCUCUCGAUCUUGGCAGAUCCGAGAUCGACCUAACUAAUAAAGAUCGUUUUGAACUGUAUUUGUAAUUGUCUGCACAGAUUUUCUAUGCUCAUGUUGGGAAUUUGUUUCUAUGAAAGCUUUUCGGUUCCCUUUGAACUUUGGUGCAAUUCUCCUGAUCUCCCAAAGUUGACUCCGUUUCCAAAACGGGAGAUCUGGUAACUGUUAGACUGUAAAAUCCGUAAGGGCAGGAAUUAUCUUUUACCUCUAGCAAAGUCUCCCAAGUGCUUAUAUAGUGCUUUCUGCGCAGGGUUGAUUAUUUUUUUCUUCUUUAAAAAAAAAGAGUCAAAUCAUUCUUUUAGGGAGCCCUACAAAACCAGCCUCAACAGGGUUUUCGUUUACAGAGUUACCGAAUUGGUGAGUGGGACCCCUGAAAUCUGCUCUAAUCGUUGGUUUUGGGCCCCUGGAAACAGUCCACGCUUUGAUUGAUUGCUAUUUUUCCCUUCCGAUUUUGUUUUUGUUUUUUGUAAAAAGGCCAUCGAUGAGCAGUUCGUGAAUGACCGGCAAUACGGAGCACUGAUCCGUAUGUCAGAUCAGCCCUGCCCGGAAGGGUCAUUUUAAUACUGUAGUAUUAAUCUUCCUCUACAGAGAUUCCCAAUCAUGGGCUAAGGGUGUGAUCGGGAUUAGGUCGGCGUUAGCCGUAGGAGGAGGAGGAGGAAUAUUUAUUAAGUCCUUACUCUGUGCAGAGCACUAUACUAAACGCGGGGGGAGAACACAGAGGCGGGGAUCAGACAUGGUCUCCGACCGUUAGCGGGGCUGGCACGGCCCUGUUGAUCGCAAGAUCAAGUGGUAGAUUUUGCUUCCGCGUGCAGAACUUCCCCGAGUCCUUUAGGUUAAAUGUCGGAGGACUGAGUCGUUCUUAAAAAUUCCGCGUUCCCUAAGGUCGCCCACCUGACAGUGUUUAAAUCCUGAAAUUCAAUGGAUGAUUUCUUCCGGGUUAUAACAGUACUUUAUCGUGCGCCAAUGUGAUGCUUUAUAUACCCGUCACAUUUUGUGGGAUUUAUAAGAGGUAACUUUCUAUUAAAUAUGGUAAUGUAUGUACAUAUUAAAAAUCAUAUUUUCCAUAACUAAAAAACGUCUGGGUUUUGAAAAGUGGUGUUUUUGUCAUUGCUUAUUUAUUUUCCGUCUUCCUUUUGAGUUUCAAUGCUUGAUAUAGUUUAAUUUUAUAGGGUAUGCUUUAAGACAUCUAUUAUUUGAAGAUAUCGAUUACAAUUUGUACUGUACACUUAAACUCGCAAGCAACAAGUAAAUGAAAAUGCUUUUAAUUUACUUGAUACUGUUUAUUUUGUAAAAAAAAAAAAAAGAAAUUAAAACAUACUGAAAGAA